AUGAUAAGUAAUAUUUCAUUAGCCUCACCUCAUUCACUUUAUAUUAAUGGAAAUUCUUUUUCAAAACUUACAUUAUCUCUUUUACCUAAUCCAGAACAAAUCAAUUUAAAUGCAUCAUCAUCAUCAUCAUCAUCAUCAUCAACUAGUCCUAUUCAAUGGUUAAGACCUGAUCAAAUAAUUCCACAAGAAUGGUCUGAUAAUGUUCGAACACAAUGGGCUGUUUUUCGAGAUCCAAAACCAAAUGAUGUACUUCAAGGAGCUUUAGGUGAUUGUUGGUUUAUAACAGCAUUAAGUGUUCUUGCUGAAGAACCUGAAUAUUUAAUGAGAGUACUUAUUUCUAAACAAUAUAAUUCUGAAGGUAUUUAUUGUGUACGUUUAUGUAAAGAUGGUGAAUGGACUCAAGUUCUUGUUGAUGAUCGUCUUCCAUGUACAUCAAAUAAAAAAUUAGCUUAUUCUCAAGCACAUCGAAAACAACUUUGGGUUCCAUUAAUUGAAAAAGCUUUAGCAAAAUUAAAUGGAAGUUAUGAAGCAAUUAUUGCUGGUCGAUGUUGUGAAGGUUUAGCUACAGUAACAGGAAGUCCAUGUGAAACAUUAAUUCUUGGUCGUUCUAAUAAUCCUGAUGAUAAAAAUGUUGAUUAUGAUAGAUUAUGGUCAAAAUUAUUAAAUGCACGUUCUCAAAGAUUUUUAAUGUGUGCUAUGUGUUGUAAUAAUCUUAUUAAUAAAGAAGAAUAUGAAAAAUUUGGUUUACUUAAUAUUCAUGCUUAUUCAUUACAAGAUCUUAAACAAUCAAAAGAUGGAAAACAUAGAUUAGUUAAAUUAAGAAAUCCAUGGGGUGGGACAUUUAGAUGGACUGGUGAUUGGUCAGAUGAUUCUCAUUUAUGGUCGGAAAAUCCAGAUUUACAUGUUGAAUUACUUAAUCACAAACGAAAUAAACGUGAUGGAGUUUUUUGGAUGCCAUUUACAUCAUUUGUUAAAUAUUUUGAAUGUGUUGAUAUUUGUAAAUUAAGAAAUAAUUGGUAUGAAGUUAGAGAUUCAGCUAAUUUUUAUCCAUCUCCUAAAAUGAUGCAAGCUUAUUAUUUAACGAUAUCACGUGCAACUGAACUUGAUAUAACACUUCAUAGAAAAAUAAGUAAAAAUCUUCGUAUUCAACGAAGUGAUGUUAGUCUUUGUGUUACUGUUAUAAAUAUGGAAGAAAAACCCAAUGGAAAUUAUCGUAUUUAUUCAAUACCAAUUGUAAGUCGACGUGGUCAACAUAAACUUGUUUCAACUGAUGGUUUUCUUCAACCAGGAACUUAUGUUAUUUUACCAUUUUUAUUUAAUCAAAUUAAUAAAUAUUUGGAUAAUACUGAGUUUACUAUUGCUCUUCAUAGUUCUCAUGUAAUAGAUAUUCAACGUGUAAAAUUUCCUCUACGAAUUGAACGUGAAUUUUUAAUAAAACUUUGUAUAUUUCAUGGUGAACCAGUACGUACAUCAAAAAAUUUGGAUAAUGAUGAUAAUCAAUCUGAUGGUGUUACAAUAUAUGAAUUAAAAAAAUAUUGGGAUGGUCUUAUAUUACUUGUUGAAAAUCGUCAUCCAUCAAAAUAUGUUCAUUUUCAUUUUCGUUGUACUCUAUCACAAAAUACUUUGAUAUCAAGAAAAGAUUCUCAACGAGAAUUAUUUGAUAUUAUACCACCAAAUUAUAGACAAAUAAUUGUAACUAUUUCAAGAAAAAGUCCAUCAAGUUCAUAUAGUAUUGGACAUGAUUUUCAAUAUAUACUUUCAUCACAAAAUUUUAUUAAAUAUGGUGAAGGUGUUAAACAAAAACAUUGGCCAAAAAUUGAUGAAAGUCAAUUAAGUGAUGAUAUUCAUUUACCACAAUGCAUUUUUUCUGUAAAACAUAAUUAA